AUGCAGCAUGCAGCAUCAUGCAGCAUGCAGCACGAGCAUCAUGCAGCACCUGCAUGCAGCAUCAGCAGCACGCAGCAUCAUGCAGCAUGCAGCAUCAUGCAGCAUGCAGCAUCACGCAGCAUAGUAGCAUGCAGCAGCAUGCAGCAUCAUGCAGCACGCAGCACCAUGCAGCACGCAGCAUCAUGGCACGCAGCAUCAUGCAGCAUGCAGCAUCACGCAGCAUGCAGCAUCAUGCAAUCACGCAGUAGUAUCAUGCAGCACAGUAGCAUCACGCAGCAUGCAGCACUCAUGCAGCACGCAGCAUCAGCAUCAUGCAGCAUGCAGCAUCAUGCAGCACGCAGCAUCAUGCAGCACUGCAGCAUCAUGCAGCACGUAGCAUCACGCAGCAGCACUGCAGCAUCACGCAGCAUGCAGCAUCACGCAGCACGUAGCAUCACGCAGCACGCAGCACAUCAGCGCAGCAUCAUGCAGCAUGCAGCAGCACGCAGCAUGCACGCAGCACAUGCAGCACAUGCAGCACCACGCAGCACGCAGCAUCACGCAGCUACGCAGCACUCACGCAGCACGCAGCAUCACGCAGCACGCAGCAUCAUGCAGCACGCAGCAUACAUGCAGCACGUAGCAUGCAGCAUCAUGCAGCUAUCAUGUAGCACGCAGCAUCAUGCAGCACAGCUAGCAUCAUGCAGCAUGCAUGCACACGCAGCAUGCAGCUCAGCAUCAUGCAGCUACGCAGCAUCAUGCAGCACUGCAAGCAUCAUGCAGCACGUAGCAUCAGCAGUAGCAUCACGCAGCAUCAUGCAGCAUGCAGCAUCAUGCAGCAGUAGCACUGCAUGCAGCUCACGCAGCAUCAUGCAGCAUGCAGCAUCACGCAGCAUCGCAGCACAUGCAGCACGCAGUACACGCAGCAUCGACAGCAGUCAUGCAGCAUCACGCAGCACGUCAGCAUCAUGCAGCAUCAUGCAGCACGUAGCAUCACGUAGCACGCAGCAUCACGCAGCACGCAGCAUCACGUAG